AUGACCGUCGUCAAUCAGCGUAUGUUAGAAUUACUGAAGAGUCCCAGGUCGCACGUUUGUAGAACGGCUUGCCAAAUCGCCGGACACUUUUUCGAAACCAUGAAGGAUACACGCCGACCCGAAUUUGACGACAUCGUGAACGUGCUGCUCUACAAAACGGCUGAUGCCAGCAAGUUCAUCAGGCAGGACGCGAAUCUCGCCCUCGACUGCAUGGUCACGCACAUACCGACGUUCCACGCAAUCAGAGCCCUUUGCGCUAAAGGUCCUUCACACAGAAACUACCUCGUCAGGUGCGCUUCCAUCAGGCUGCUGAUCUGCGCCGUGGUCAUAGCCGGUCCCUCCAUCCUGCUGAACAAUCCCAGCUACGAGCAUUCCAGAAAAAGGGUCAUCAUUAAUUUAGCACACUUCUUAGACGAUAAGAAUCACGAUACAAGGAAGUAUGCGGAACGUCUGUACAAAAUUCUAACGAAAGAGAGCAGCUUCGAGUUUUAUUUAAAGAAGUAUCUGGACAGGCAAACCCUUGACUCGUUCUACAGGACGCUUCGCUUCAUUAAGAAGUAG